AUGAGUGAAGAGGAUCAAGAGAAGACGGCGUUCUACACCGACCAAGGUGUUUAUUGUUAUACUACCAUGCCGUUCGGUAUAAAGAACGCCGGGACGACCUACCAAAGGCUGAUCAACCGACUUUUCAAGAAUCAGAUCGGCCGCAAUGUGGAGGCCUAUGUGGACGACAUCCUCGUCAAAAGUCUCACCACUUCAUUCUUUCUGUCAGACGUGAGGGAAGUCUUCGGUGUCCUGCGAGACUCGAGGAUGAAACUGAAUCCCAAGAAAUGCGUCUUCGGCGUCACUUCGAAAAAAUUCUUGGGGUAUCUGGUUUCCCACCGGGGAAUCGAGGCCAACCCCGACAAGGUCAAAGCCAUUCAGGACAUGUCCCCACCUCGGAACAUCCGAGAACUCCAACGGCUGACUGGACGUCUGGCCGCGCUGAACCGCUUCUUCUCCCAAUCUGCUGAGAAAGCUCUGCCCUUCUUUAAGGUGCUAAAAAAGGCUGAUCAGUUUACCUGGACUGAGGAGUGUCAGGCUGCCUUUAACAAGUUAAAACAGUACCCCCAUCCCCUACCAACUCUCGCUUCACCUCGACCCGAGGAGAAACUCUACCUCUACCUCUCCGCAGCCGACGAGACUGUCAGCGCUGUUCUUAUCCGGGAUGAGGGCACUCAAGUGCCAGUCUACUACGUCAGCCGAGCUCUCCGCGGGCCGGAGACUCGAUACACUCAGGUGAAAAAACUAGUGCUGGGACUAGUCCACGCAGCUCGGCGAUUGAAACCCUACUUCCAUGCCCAUCCCAUCUCCGUCAGGACCGACCAACCCAUUCGACAAAUAUUGGUGCGACCCGAGGCUUCCGGUCGCCUCACUAAGUGGGCUGUUAAAUUGGGAGAGUAUGACUUGUCAUAUGAGCCCCGCACCGCUAUAAAAGCACAAGCUUUAGCCGACUUUCUUGCCGAACUCACCUUCACGGAAGGUCCAGAAUCCACCUCCGCCUUUGCCGAGGUGUCCACCCCAUUUCUGUGGAUAUUGUAUGUAGAUGGAUCCUCUAAUGGAGAGGGCAGCGGAGCUGGAUUGCUCCUGGAGGGCCCCCAGGGAGAAGUGUGCUCGUACGCCCUCCGCUUUGGCUUCCCAGCCACCAAUAAUGAAACCGAGUACGAGAUUUUAAUUGCUGGACUCCAACUGGCCCGCAGGCUCGGCGCCCAGCAAAUCCACGUCCGCAGUGACUCCCAACUCGUUGUACGCCAAGUUCUUGGUGAAUACGAGACCAAGGAUGAGACCAUGCAACGGUACCUCUCCAAAGUUCACCAACUCACCGCGUACUUCGAGUCUUUCGAAAUCCAAAGAAUACUCCGAUUCCAGAAUAAGAGAGCCGACGCCUUAUCCCGGCUGGCUUCCACAUCAUUCUCUGACCUCAACAAAACAGACUUAGUGGAAGUCCUGAGUGAAUCGGGAUACGUGGAAGAGGUGGCCUGCCCCGUGCACUCUGAAGAUACUUGGAUGACCCCGUUCAUCCUUUUCUUAGGUCCGGGAGCCCUCCCCGAAAACCGAGCCGAGGCGAGAAAAAUACAACGCAUGACGGCUCGGUACGCUCUCCGCGAUGGAGAGCUGUACAAAGGCUCCUAUCUCGGCCCAUGGCUGAGGUGUGUCACUCCCGAGACAGGACGCCACGUCCUCCACGAGAUCCACGAAGGCUUGUGUGGAGCUCACGUCGGCCACAGAAUGCUAGCCAAGAAGGCUUUGUUUCUUGGAUAUUUAUGGCCCUCCAUUCGACAAGACGCCCAGGACCUCGUUCUCGGUUGCCCUUCCUGCCAAGUCCACGCCCCCGAGUACCACCAGUCCUCAAACUUCAUGGUGCCCAUCACCUCACCCUGGCCGUUUGAGCAAUGGGGGACAGACAUCAUAGGUCCUUUUCCCAGAGCCGUCGGGGGUUAUACUUUCCUGGUAACCGCUGUGGAUUACUUCACCAAGUGGGUUGAGGCCGAGCCUCUGAGCACCAUCACCGGGCUGGCAAUUCAAAAAUUCUUUUGGAAAUGCAUCGUCUGCCGCUUCGGCAUAUCUCAGGUCAUCAUCUCGGAUAAUGGAAGGCAAUUUGCCAAGAACCCCUUUAAAACUUGGUGCACAAACCUUGGCAUCAAACAACAUUUCACUUCGGUGGGCCACCCCCAGGCCAACGGUCAAGCAGAAAACUUCAACCGAACUUUCCUGCAUGGUCUCAAGACCCGACUACAUCGAGUUGGGUCAUCUUGGUGGAGGAAUUCCCCAAUGUCCUGUGAUCGUAUCGAACCAAGCCGAGGUCAGCGACACAAGAGGACCCCUUCUCCUUGA